AUGCCACCACAUUCACUAAGCCCCAACGUGCUUUCCUGGGUGCCACAGGAGCAGAUCGAGGAAGUGGCGCUGCAGCAGAUACACAGCCUUUCCGAAAUGCCGUUCAUCUUCAAGCAUGUGGCUGUGAUGCCCGAUUGCCACUUUGGGUUGGGCGCGACGGUGGGUUCGUGCAUCCCCACGCUGAGAGCGAUCAUCCCGGCUGCUGUGGGCGUGGACAUCGGCUGCGGCAUGAUUGCGGCGAAGACGAGCAUGAGCCGCGCCGACCUACCAUGA